AAUUACCUUGCUCAACGUCCGGUUUCGCCGAUUGUUAAAUGUGAAAACUCUUCGCGCGGUGGACCAUUUGGCGUCUGAAUUGCCACGUCGUGGAUCUUUCGUGUCAUCCGGAAUGAGAAUCGGAUCUUUUGUCCUCAAUUACAUUUUGGACUCACUCCACCCAACCUCUCGCUCGAAUACUACAACCAAGCCAAGCCACACCCCAGCGCUACUGUUUGAUAAUAACACGCAUUCCAAACCAUGCUUUAUACCACACUUUGGCUCUGUCUUCCAAAUCUGCUGCUAUUGGCAACGGCAUUGUGCUCUAUACCCCACCCAACCAAUGCGUUCCUUCCAACACCAACAGCAACGACUUCAUCUUCCAUUUGGAAACAGACCGCAAGAAAUCAUGACAAGCUAAUGACAACAUGCCAUGCAGCGCCAAUACCGGAUCAGCAACUAUUGACCGAAUUGGCCAUUGCAGGGACGUUGGGUGUUGUCACGGAUCCCUUGGUGGAUAAAAUCUUUCACACAAAGCCACAAUUGGACGAAGACGCCAACGUGGAGACCACCUUUCUCUAUGGAGCUGCCAACACUAUUAGCAAUGCGGCCCGCGUCUAUGCAAUCUUGAUUUUGUUGGCAUGGUUCGGUCAGACGUUUCAGUUGUCGUGGAUUCCCGAAAAUUUGGCGGCCGUCACACCCAAGUUGACCGUGACCAUCUGGGCGGCCUAUGCGCUCGGUGUGGUCAAGAGAACCUUAUUUUUUCAAAAAGUGGCGGGAAACAAACUAGGGCGGGUCAAGCUGUACGAUCAGUUGAUUGAUUUUGUCAUUAUCACCGUGACGGUGGCGAAUAUUCUGGAUGAACUUGGAAUGGACAUUGGUAUGGGAUUCCAAUCGGUCUUUGCGGCCAGCGGGAUUGGUGCACUCAUUUUCAGCUUGGCCAGCAAGGAUCUAGCCGAGCAAAUUGUGGGUGGAGUGAUUCUCCAGGCAUGGGACUUUGCCGAGGAAGGAGACGAUGUUCGACUCGGUGAUGGUACCGAAGGAACCAUUCGAAAAAUUGGAUUGGUCGAGACGGAGAUUGCCGGAUACGACAACAUUGUCAUCAAACUCCCCAACAGUCAAAUCAUCAAUCAACGAGUCAGCAACAUUAGUCGCACCAAACAGUCACAGGUCAAGCAAAUCCUGCGGUUUGAUUACACGGACAUUGAAAAGGUUCCACAACUACUGCAAGACAUCAAAGAAGAAAUACAAGCAAGCUGUCCCAAACUCAUCACAGAUGGGAGCAAGCCAUUUGCGGCUGUCAUGUCCAAUUACCAAGAUGAUCAUAUUCAGUGUGUCGUCAAUGUUCACUUUCAAAUACAACCCUCUAGUCAAGAGUAUAGCGACAACAAAGAAGAGGUUCUUCGAGCUAUUGCUCGUGCCGUAGCCAACAAUGAUAUGAAGUUUGCCAUACCAGCGAUCAACUACGUCAAUCAAGACUAGAAACCAAACCAAACCAAAUGAAACGAAUGGAUGGAGAGCUAGCCACACGUAGAAUAUAAAGUAGAUUGAAUUAUAAAAGGAAGCAACUUGCAUUGG